UUCUCGCAAGAGGUCCCCACUUAGAACCUACCUCCGACCGGAAGUUUCCAUCUCUCGUCACUUUUCACCCUUGAUUGAUCUUUUGGUGUGUCGAAGCGUUAACGAGUUGAAAGUAGUAAGAAUCUCGUGGACGCGUGAUUUUUCAUAAAAAAACGCAAAAUGCAACCACAAAUAAUCUUAUUGAAAGAAGGCACAGAUGCAUCUCAGGGCAAGCAACAAUUGAUAUCCAAUAUAAAUGCAUGCCAGAUUGUUGUUGAGGCUGUCAGGACCACUUUGGGUCCUCGUGGCAUGGAUAAGCUGAUAGUAGAUCAAAAUGGAAAGAGCACCAUCUCUAAUGAUGGUGCUACCAUCUUAAAAUUAUUAGACAUUAUUCAUCCAGCUGCAAAGAUCUUGGUGGAUAUUGCAAAAUCACAGGAUGUAGAGGUGGGAGAUGGUACGACUAGCGUCGUCCUGUUGGCGGGAGAAUUUUUGAAGCAGAUGAAACCAUUUAUAGAAGAGGGUGUACAUCCGCGUAUAAUCAUCAAGGCGCUCCGUCGCGCCCUGCGAUUAGCCGUGGAUAAGAUAAACGAGCUGAGCGUGAAGAUAGACAAAAGUGAUCUCAGCAAGCACAUCAAUCUCUUGGAGGAAUGCGCGGCUACGUCGAUGAGCUCGAAGCUGAUACAUCAGCAGAAGAAACACUUCAGCGAGCUGGUAGUCAAAGCCGUCCUUAUGUUGGACGAUUUGCUUCCGCUCAAUAUGAUUGGUAUUAAAAAGAUUUCCGGUGGUGCAUUGGAGGACUCUGAACUGAUACAAGGAGUCGCCUUCAAGAAGACCUUCUCUUACGCCGGAUUCGAGAUGCAGCCAAAGAAGUAUCAGUCGUGCAAGAUCGCACUGCUGAACAUCGAGUUGGAGCUGAAGGCCGAGAGAGACAACGCGGAGGUGCGCGUUGACAACGUGACGGAGUAUCAGCGAAUCGUCGACGCGGAGUGGCAGAUACUCUACAACAAGCUCGACCAAAUUCACAAGAGCGGUGCAAAGGUCGUGCUGUCGAAGUUGCCGAUUGGCGACGUCGCAACGCAGUACUUUGCGGAUAGGGACAUGUUCUGCGCCGGCAGAGUGCCCGACGAGGAUCUCAAGAGGACAAUGAAGGCGUGUGGCGGCGCAAUCUUAUCGACGGUGCAUGAUAUCAAAGAUUCCGACCUCGGACAAUGUCAGACCUUCGAGGAGAAGCAGAUCGGUGGCGAGAGGUUCAAUAUCUUCUACGAAUGCUCGCGAGCGAAGACGUGCACGUUCAUCUUGCGCGGAGGCGCCGAGCAAUUCCUUGAGGAAACUGAGAGAUCGCUCCAUGAUGCGAUUAUGGUCGUCAGACGCAUGGUGAAGAAUGAUGCGGUGGUCGGCGGCGGCGGCGCGAUUGAAAUGGAGCUGUCCAAGACUCUGCGCGAUUAUUCCCGCACUAUUGCGGGCAAAGAACAGCUCCUGAUAGGAGCGACUGCGAGGGCUCUUGAAGUUAUUCCGAGGCAACUCUGCGACAACGCUGGCUUCGACGCGACGAAUAUUCUAAACAAAUUGCGUCAGAAACACCACAUGGGCAUGCACUGGUACGGCGUAGACAUCAACUCGGAAGAUAUUGCGGACAACAUGCAAGACUGCGUCUGGGAACCCGCGGUGGUGAAGAUCAACGCGUUGACAGCCGCGAUCGAGGCCGCGUGUCUCAUAUUAUCUGUCGACGAGACCAUAAAGAAUCCGAAGAGCACUCAUGACGCGCCGCAACCGCCGAUGGGACGCGGCAUGGGCAGGCCCAUGUAAUGUCAAACGGACAAAUAAAUGUCUAAUGAGUUAUGGCUAAAAUGCGAAUCGAAAGCUAUCGGAAUAACGAAUAAUGCAAAUAAUGAGCCAUUAAUAACACCAGCAACGGUUGGCGCGAUUAAUAAUUGAAGUGAAUGAACAAAUGAAAUUUUAUUCGAAAAUUUGCUCGCGCAAUGCCUAACUCUGGUUUGUCGGCCGUGUUCACUCGAUUUUAAGAGAAAAUUAAUAUAACGAAGCAAAGUAUAUUGCUUUUAAUAACAAGAGCAAUAUCGCAUUUACAAGAUAAACAUGGGAACGAUGAGCAACGGCAUAUAUGAGCGUACAUGAAUACUUGCAAUUUUACUUUAUCCAACGUUGUCGAUCUACGCAUUGUUCGUUGUACACAUCGAAUGAAACAGCAUACGUUAUCUAAGAAAUCUGUUAUUUUCAGUGGAAAAAUAAAGUUUUGAAAUUACGAGACAA